AUGCCAGCAAAGAAGCUGAGCCCAGCGACAAAAGCGUCUAGUACGGCGACGCAUCCCCCUCGCCGGCGCCCCUCAGGCCUACUGGGCAGCAGCACAAAUGGCAGUGAACAACGAGGGAGCGCGGCAUCACUGCCAUUCGCGGCGACGGUCGCAGCGCAACCUCUGAAGAGAAGCGGCAUGAAAUCGCGUAACUCUAUCGGCCACACCUCCUUCAGCGCGCAGCAAGCGGUCGCGGUGACCAGCAGCGGCGACGCCCAUCCACCCCACGUCAGUACCCAGAUGCCGGCAGCGACCGCUAAGGCGUCCUCUGGACGACCUCGAGGGGUCGCUGCCAUCCCGGCGAAUCACACAGCGCCACCGCCGCCUGCCGCUCGUGAAUUCAUGCCAUCCCCGCCUCCUCCUGCAGCUGCAGCGGCGGUGCAGAAUGCACCACCUCUGGGCAGCAGCUCCGCCACGAUGAUAGCCGGUGAUUUUCGUCGUGCGCGUUUCGGCAUCAGCACCGCGAGCGCCAGUGCCCCAUCUGCUACCGUAGACCCACCCGGGGCCUCACCCGCAGCCCCGAACGUCAUCCCAAAGACGAGUUUGCCCACCCUUUCGACAGGUCCUCCGUCGCUCCCAACAGCCAAGCGCGCCACCCACCACGCCGACGUCGACACUAAUCGAACUCCUGUGCCACCGGCUUCGGCUGGCUCUUGGGCCGCAAAACCUCAGGCCAGAUACAACUUGCCAGCAAGCGGUCCGCGUCGUCUAUCCUCGUCGUCCUCCAACGCUGUCAAAGCCACGAGCAACGUGUCAGCUGCAGCGGCGACUCCGUCAACGUCGGCCCCUGAGACCGCUGCAGCCGAAGCCGACCUCAGAGAGGCACCGGCUGCGCGCCAGCCUGCCAGCGCACUCCUCGCCGUCGCCUCGAAGCCGAACGGGCAGUCGAAGAGCGCCGCAGAUCCGUCAACGGACUCCACAGCGGCGCCGGGAACUUCUUUAUCGUCGGUGGCACAGGCGUCCCUCAAGUCAAGAACGCCGUCCCUGAGUGUUAUUGGCAAGAAGAAAGUGAUGCGUCGUGCAAGUAUCGGGACAGCCACAAGUCGGCCACCGAGCGCCGCCACAUCACGGCGGCCCUCUGUCGGCUGCAUCGCCACGGCUGACAACACGGCCGCCCCAACACGUGACUCGUCUGUUUUAUAUCCUCGGCCGCAAAGCAGCUGCAGCGUAGCGCCCACGUUGGACGCGGAGAGUGCACCCUCGACGACGCUGAACACGGCGCGCACGACCGGCCCAAUGGCUGUCAAGACGCCAACGAACGCCGGCAGCGCGGUGUCUGCCGGCACCGCCACCCCCCUCCCCCGUGGUCCUGUCGUCUCGGAGGAGUGGGCGCGCAGCAUCAUCAAGCCCGGGGACGAAAAUCUCCUGUACCGGGCAACUCCAGCAGCGACGACGUACUCUGGCUUUGCCUGCACGCCGUCAGGUAUCAGCAUGAGCGGCAGCGCGGCAAGCGCGACUCGGCAAGCGAGCACCGUGCGAAGCUCGAUUAAGGACACGCAGUUGCGUCAUGCCCAAGAGACGGUGCUCCGGCUACGGAACGCCGAGACACCCACGCCGGGGUGGCGCAGCACCAAGGCCGCGUCAGUGGGUGCCGGCAGCGCCGUCUCGGUAGCGUCUGGUGGCUCUGGCUCUCGAUUUGGCUCCACCGUAAAGCGAAGCGGAACGCGCCUUCAGCGCCGCCGACAGGAGGAUGAGGACCGGCAAAGGUCGCUCAUGGAGACGAUGGCGAUACCAGCAGGUGAGAACGGGGGGAGCAUGAAUGGCGGACGUGUAUCACACCCCGGUACCGCGGCCGGCUCCGCCUCCCCGACGCCGUCGCGCAUUUCAGAGGCUUCCACCAACACAAUGAUGAGGGGCGGUGGUCGCCUCAGCGGCGGUAGUGCACGCCCCCUGCUCGAGCAGCUGCCUGGCGGUGCGUCCGUGCCGGUGGACAUCAUGGGUCAGCGGCGCUCGCCCUCUCUAAAGCUUUUUGCGAAGCCGUCGCCGCGGACGUUUUCAACGCCGAGCCCUCGCGGCAGCGCCGGGGCGCCGGGGCUGAACACCACAUUUGGCGUCAGCAACGGGCCAUACUACGCGGGCAAAGAGGAACUCACGAGGCUGACGUGGGUGCGCGAAGAGAUGCUGCGCGCCUUGAUGCAGUCUGCGGUACCGCCGGCGGCGUCCGCGGUGACGGAAGAGAACAGCGCCGCUGCUGCUGCAGUCUCCUCGAUGCCCAACACGAACGAUGGAAGCGACGCAAACGCUCUGGAAGGCUCCGCGUCGUCGGUGCUGACAAUGCACGUCGACCCGCAGGCAGGCGAGAUGGUUCCGGUGUCGCCGACGUUCUCAUCUGCAGGAAAGCGGCCACGACAGCGUGUGUACAGCGUCGACCUACGCAGCGGCGCCAGUAGCGACGAGUCAGCGCCGCCUAAGCAGUCGCCGGCGGCAGACGUCACGCAGCAGCGUGGGCGGUUGGCGGGCAGCGGCACCACUCCCAUUCUCGCCUCUUCUAUUCGCCAGAAGCCUGGCCGCUCUGUCUCUAUUUCUCGUCCAGCGCAACCGGGCUCCCCCGUGGGAAUCGGCGCCACUCCGGGCCCCACCUCGGCCCGCCCCACCUUGGACUCCAGUGCAUUCGCGUCUGGCGCUCCCCCCGCUGCCUCAGCAGCUGCUGCUCGCCAGCAGCGGCGUGCAGCCGUGACGGUGGCGAUGUGCAGCCUUCAAUCACCCAGCACGGUCGCCGAGCGAGUGCGGCUGGAGCUCGUGCGGCAAGAACAGCAACAGCCUGCCGCGGUUCGCACCGGGCAGAUGCGAGCGGCAGCACCUUCAUCGGUUCCCGCAGCGAGUCAGCGUCCCACGGCCACCCCCAUCGACGCAGCCACGCGGCUCCUCCUCCUUGACCCGCUCUUUCCUCUCAUUAGCGAGGAGAACUAUCAGCGGCUCGUGCUGCAAAACGACGAGUAUACAGCUCGCAAAGCGCUGCUGGCCCGCAUAGGCGCGACACCGCCGCCGCAGUCCUCGGCGUCGCGCCCCUACGAGUCGCCGCCCCCGGUGCCGCCUCUCGACGUGGACAAGAAGCCGCACAGAUCAGGGGCUGAGGUGCCACCUGCAGCGCGAGCGUUGGAGAUGGAUCUGGCAGAAGCCGACGAAGCGGCUCCGUGGCGGUCGCUGACAUCCACUUCAACUGCUGCAGCAGCGCCGCCUCCGUCCCCUUCCGCAUCCCCUCCCAACGCUGCAGCCAUCGGCAGCACCCCGCCUCGUCGACCAUCCGUGCAGUACGGUGGUCCUGCCUUAUACGCGACCUUUUCACCUUCCCGCGUUCCUUCACCGUCUCCCACGGCCUCAGGUCUCACUUCGCCCACUGCCGGUCCCGCGGUGGGACUCGGCAGUGCCACGUCCACUGCACGUGACGGCAAGCUGCUCGUCAAUGUCGUGAUGCCGUCGGAGAAGUCGGGAUCUAUUAAGUCACUGCCCGCAGGCGGCGUGUGGUACGCGCCUAGCCCGAUGUCGGAGUUCGCGGGGCAGAGCACCGCCCAACCCUCCCUCAACGCAAGUCUUCUAGUGAGCGUCAGCGGUAGUGGUGCAGUAGGUGGGACCGGCAACUCUCCGAUUCGCAUGCGCUCCACCAGCCCCACGGCAAGCUGCUCAUCUUCGAGAAACGCCACUCGCCGCGGCUCGCUGCUUCGGAGCGUGCAGCAGCACCUCCAGCCCCAGGCAACAACGGCAGCCACCCCCAGCCGCAGCGACAGCGCCGGCGACGAAGUCAGCACCGCUUCCGACGAGACAGUUGACAUGGCUGAAGUCGAGCUUUGCAAGACGCUGCCGCGCUGGGGUCCGUUCCGCACCUCUCACGCCGCAGCGCCGUCCGAUUUCAAUGUUGUCCAGCAGGCGUGCGCAGCCACGGCCACUGCACCUCGCAAGACGAAGAAGUCUGCGCACGGAGAGAAAUCCCCAGUGGUGUCGCCGACAGAGUCGACAUCGAGCCCGCUCUCCAUGGCGUCGGCCCUCUCGCUGGCCAUGGCGGAGGAGCUGCAGGCCUACGUGCACGUCUUCCUCAAGCGCUACCGCAACGUUGACGCGGUAACCGCGAAGGAAAUGGGGCCUGUCCCGGAGACGCCGCUGACGUUGCAGCACGCGAUUCGCCGCAGCCUCCGCCUGUCAACUGGGUAUAGCGCGAAUGCGGCGGACGACAAAGACGCAGUGGAGCUUGAGGAUCCCCUGGACGACGGCAGCUACCACAGUCAAAACGUGCAGUACGUGCUGGAUCUCUUGGGAUCGCUGCUGCAGGUGGAGACCUCCUUUUGCGAGGACGACGCAGCACAUGCGGCAAGUGGUGCGCAUCCGCUGACUGCUGCAGCGCAGCGACACACAAAAAAGCGAGUCACUGGCGCCCAGCUUAUCGCGGCGGUGAUGGGACGGUCCACCUCGCCGUCCGGUGAGGACACGGCAGACGGUGCUGCACCGAAGCACACCAGAAAUGCCGCCGCUCGAUCCGCUGCGGUGCGGCCAGUGUUGAAGCUACAUGACCCUGAGCUGCGUGCCGUAGAACUCAUGUUCGUCAAUGACGCGCCGUAG